AUGGACCGCAACAAUGAUAUGAGCGGCAAGGUCUUCGCCUUGACAGGAGGUGCAAGUGGCAUCGGUCUGGCUACUGCAAAGAUACUACACGCACGAGGUGCUACCGUCUCUAUUGCCGAUAUCGACGACAAGGCACUCGACAACGCCGCCAUCCUACUGCACUCUUCCACAGAGGACCGAUUCAUGGCCACAAAAGUCGAUGUCUCGAAACGAUCAGACGUAGAUUCGUGGAUCGAGAAGACCGUCAAGCAGUUUGGCAGACUAGACGGCGCAGCGAAUUGCGCAGGUGUCAUUGGCAAGCACCAUGGUCUCCGCGCCGUUGAGAAUUUAGAGGACGAUCAAUGGGAUCUCAUCAUGGCGGUCAAUCUCACGGGCAUGAUGUACUCGUUACGAGCCGAGCUCAAAGCUAUAAAGGGUCCUGGGAGCGUGGUUUGCGUCAGCUCGGUACAGGGCACGAUGGGUUUCGCGAACCACGCCGCUUAUUCUGCAAGCAAACAUGGGAUUCUGGGCCUAGCACGCAGUGCCGCGAAAGAGGUCGGCGAGCGGAAUAUCAGAGUCAACAUCGUCACGCCCGGGUCGAUUGAGACGCCGUUGAUGGACAAACGUAACGCUCUUCCUGGCAUCACGGAUACAGGUAUCACACCAACUCCCAUAAAUCGUAUAGGCACGGCGGAGGAGUGUAGCAACCUGAUCGCUUGGCUCCUGAGCGAUGAGGCGUCAUUUGUUUCGGGCGCGACGUACGCUAUUGAUGGAGCCUGGGCAUGCUAA